AGACGCAAACCCGGAAGUAAACACGACGGUUAGAAAGGACGCACGGGGCUGAGUCUGAAACAAAAAACAAAAAAUAAACUUUAAAAACUAAGGAUGCGAGAGUGUGCGGAGGACAGGGAUGAAGAGGAAGAGGCUUUGGACGACUGGUUCAUUGAGUCUCUGAAAACUUAUACAGAUCUCCAUGUUUACCAGCUGGAACAUGCCACACGUGUGUUAGAGUGGACCUCUGGCAGAACGGUGUGCGUGGCCGGAUUCUCCUCUUCUAAAAAUGAAAUCUUGGAGCUCAGUUUACCGCUUCGACUUUUGGCCGAACAGAACAAGGGUCUCUGCGCUGAGCGGGAUUUUAAAGUUGUCCACGGAGGAUUUUCAGAGGCUCCAAUCCACAGCCUUAAACACAUCCCAGGAACGAGGUUUGCUGUGUCCAGUGACGGUCAGAGCUCCUCUCUGCUGCUGUGGGACCUCGGGGGAGACGACAGCGAUGUAAUUAGACGAACAGGACAAAUUGACAUUAAAUGUGAGUCUUUGGUUGGAGGACAGGAGCAGAGCAGAGGAGAGAGGGGAGCAGAGUGGGGCAGAGGGAGGAAAAUGGCAGCUCCUCCCUCUCGGUGCUCAGAGCCAAAGAUUCUUCACGGAGCAACAACCAACGAUGUCCAACUCACUGACAUCAACACCACAAAACAACUCUACAGAAUCCAAGCCUGUGCAGUGUCAGAGCCUCUGUCCUGUCUCCAGUUCCUCAGUGAAGGUGUGUUCGUGUGCGGCUCUGUAAACGGCAGCGUCCUGGAGGUGGACUCCCGCUCUCCGGCCCCGCCCACCUGCCACCCCGCUCCCCUCCCCUCGGAUUCCACUGCCUGGAGCAUGGACGUGUGCGGCGGCGGCCUCGUGGUGCGUUCGAGGGCCUCUGGACACACUGUGGUAUCAGAUCUGCGGAAGAUGGACUCACGUUUAGCUCAGGCUCAGGUCACGGCGAGCGACGGGAAAAACAGAGGGUCCCUGAACGUGACGUGGGCUCCGGCGCUGCAGCAUCACAUCGCUCUAUCAGGUGUAAAUGGGUUGGUACAGAUUUACAACACGUCGCUCUGGGGGGCGGAGCUUCAGCCCGCACAUGCUCAGUUUGAACACAGAGGUCACGUGGUCUCAUCGCAUGAAGACGACGUCAUCACUACGAGUCACGCGUGGCACCCCGAGCGACCACGAACGUUGCUUUCGGCUGCAAGUGACGCCUCUGUGCACGUGUGGGACUGGAACCACCAAUCAGAGAGCAGCAAGUGAUAACCAACCAAUCAGAACAGUGGAUCUGGAAUGAUGGAGCAGAGAGUGAGAACGAACCAAUCAGAGAGCAGCGAAUGAAUAGAAACUAGAACACAGAACUGUGGGUGGAGCGAGCUUUAGGAGCGAGUUUAGUGCCUCGACCAAUGCCUCGGGUGUGUCUGUCCAAAAGUGUUUAUUGAUUGGCUGUUACUGUGGCAAUAUGGCGCCUCAUUUGCAUAAAUGUUAACUCCAUGUCAGGUGGCACUGAUGCGUCGCUCUCCUCUAUGGUCUCCUUCUGCUCCAGACACAGUGUCACUGCUUAAGCACAAAAAGGUUCAUUAAAAUCAGUCUUAUGUGACAGGAGCAGCACCGGUCAGUUUGACAGGAGCAUAGGACUCACCUGUGCCACAGCUGCCCCGGGGCAGACGAAAGGUCAGUUCAGACGUCGUGAGAAACAAGAUGUUUGCUCUUGUUCUUGAGGCUGUAGAAUGAACUUCUUGGCUCAGACAUGUCAGAGUUCAUCAGAAUAACCCUAUGCCCCUCCCCCCGCUGUUGUGUUGCUAUGGAGAUUAUGGACAGGUCAGUGGCAGCAGUUUCAUAACUGUUAAAAAAGUGGCUGAAAGUGAACUUUUUAUUUUUUUAUAAAUGAGAGAUUAAAAAUGAACCACACACUAAAAAUACAACUAAUCACAGCACAGAUAUUGGACAGUCUGUAAGAACUUUUUAUGAAGUCUGAAUGGAGCUCAACAGUGAGCUCUCCCUGGUUCUGAAAAUACAUUCUCUUAAAUUAAAGUUUGAAAGCUCAAAGUUAAUCAGCUCUGUGGGGACUAAUGAGAACAAGACCCGUCAUUGUAUUAAAAGUCCGUUUUUGAAACUUUAGAGACUGCAAAGUUAUUAAAACAUUUUACAGAAUCUUGUGUUUUGAACGGCCUUUUUUGACUUAACCUUGUUAUGAACAUUAUUUAGCAUGUAGCUGGUUAGACUUUGAACUCUCAAAAAAUUCUGUAAAAAUGAAUGGAAAAUGUACUUGUGGAGCUCCACUGGCCUUUGGUGACUGUUCAUGUUAUGUGUGUAUGUUCAUGUUAACCUGAGGCACAUGGCUGCCACCAGUGCAAGAAAUGAAGAGAAGAGCAGGACCUUCACCUACAGUCUUUCGUCUUUCAUCUUUAUCUUUAUCUUGGGAACCCAAUGAAACACUUGUACUCUUCAAAAUCUAAAGGACUGAAUAAAAACGUCAGUGACUCCAUUGAUAGCUCAUUAGCACAUUUAUUCAUUGUCAUAAUUAAAAACUAUUCUAUAAAUCUGUAACUCAGAAACUUCUUAGUUC